AUGUUGAAGGAGGACUCAUUGGAUGAUGCUGUCAAGAAUGAAUUUACCAAGCGACUCAAGCAGCAGGCACAAGGUGCCCAAGUGCCUCCUUCAUCCAUGAAGGACUGCUCCUCUAAGAAGAGCCGCCUACACAAGGAAAAUCAAGAGGAUAAUGAAGAUGAUCUCAUGUUCGACAAUCCACACACCGUUGAUGAUGAUCCUGAGGAUGCAAGCCACAUCGAAGAGUCUACCCCCCACUCUGAAGACUCACAUGAGCUGGUACCUGAGACACCCAUUCAGUAUAUUAGUUGUGGGCAUGUUGGGAAGCGCCUUGAGGAUGAUGAGGAUGAAGGGGAGGGGGGGGAUGAGGAUGAAGAGGAGGUGAAGGAUGACAAGGAUGAUGAAGGUAGGGAUGAAUCAGCUGAGAUCAAUAAGAAUGAGGAGUGUGAUGAACAGCAGGUGGAUGAACCAUCAUCAGAAAAGGAGGUAGAGAGCAGUCCUCCUAUUUCUCCACCCCAGCCCUCCAGGCCUCCAAAACGCCAAACCAGGAUGAUGGUCAAGCUGAAAGAGGCUGGUGGCUCCAAGCCUUCUGUGGGUGUCUCCAAUGCCACCCUUGGUGCCAAAGCACAGCCAUCAAAGGGAAAGAUGGCUACCAAGGUCUUGAUCCUGCAUCUGCAAUGUAGUGGCUCUUUCUAUUAG